UCCGCCCCACCGGACACCACACCAACGGGCUCGCUCGCUCCAGCCUCCGACCCUUCUCCGCACACCUCCGCAAAAACCCACCAGAUUCCGCCUAAACCCCAGCGAUCCUCGACAAUUCAGCGGCCGCGAUGCAGGGUCUCGCCCCGCCCACCUCUAUUUCAAUACACCGGCGCCUGCCGGCCGGGUCCAGGGCGGCCCGGGCCCCCAGCUCGGUGAGGUUCGCGCCGCGCGCGGUCAGCUCCGUGCCGCGGGCCGCGCCCGCCGAGUGCCUGCCGCCGGCGACGUUCAAGCCCGCCGAGCUGCCGGCGCCCAGGAAGCACGCCGCCGCCAUUGCCGCGCCGAGGCCCUCCGCGCCGGCGCCGGCCUCGCCGCCGCGGACGGCGGGGAGGAAGAAGGAGCUCAACUUCUUCCAGCGCGCCGCGGCGGCGGCGCUCGACGCGUUCGAGAAGGGGUUCGUGGCGGGCGUCCUCGAGCGCCCCCACGGCCUGCCCAGGACGGCCGACCCGGCCGUGCAGAUCGCCGGCAACUUCGCGCCCGUCGGGGAGAGGCCACCCGCCCGCGAGCUCUCGGUCUCCGGCCGCAUCCCGCCCUUCAUCAACGGCGUGUACGCGCGCAACGGCGCCAACCCCUGCUUCGACCCCGUCGCCGGGCACCACCUCUUCGACGGCGACGGCAUGGUGCACGCGCUGCGGAUACGGAACGGCGUCGCCGAGUCCUACGCCUGCCGCUUCACCGAGACCGCGCGCCUGCGCCAGGAGCGCGCGAUCGGCCGCCCCGUCUUCCCCAAGGCCAUUGGCGAGCUGCACGGCCACUCCGGGAUCGCGCGCCUUGCUCUGUUCUACGCGCGCGCCGCGUGCGGGCUCGUCGAUCCCUCCCACGGCACCGGCGUCGCCAACGCCGGCCUCGUCUACUUCAACGGACACCUCCUCGCCAUGUCCGAGGACGACCUCCCGUACCACGUGCGCGUCACGGACGGCGGCGACCUCGAGACCGUCGGCCGCUACGACUUCGACGGCCAGCUCGGGUGCGCCAUGAUCGCGCACCCGAAGCUCGACCCGGCCACCGGCGAGCUCCACGCGCUCAGCUACGACGUCAUCAAGAAGCCGUACCUCAAGUACUUCUACUUCAGGCCCGACGGCACCAAAUCCGACGACGUCGAGAUCCCACUCGACCAGCCCACCAUGAUCCACGACUUCGCCAUCACCGAGAACUUCGUCGUCGUGCCCGACCACCAGGUGGUGUUCAAGCUCCAGGAGAUGCUGCGCGGCGGCUCGCCCGUGGUGCUGGACAAGGAGAAGACGUCGCGCUUCGGCGUGCUACCCAAGCACGCCAAGGACGCGUCGGAGAUGGUGUGGGUGGACGUGCCGGACUGCUUCUGCUUCCACCUGUGGAACGCGUGGGAGGACGAGGAGACCGGCGAGGUCGUCGUCAUCGGCUCCUGCAUGACCCCCGCCGACUCCAUCUUCAACGAGUCCGACGAGCACCUCGAGAGCGUGCUGACGGAGAUCCGCCUGGACACCCGCACUGGCCGGUCCACGCGGCGCGCCAUCCUGCCGCCAUCGCAGCAGGUGAACCUGGAGGUGGGCAUGGUGAACCGCAACCUCCUGGGCCGCAAGACCCGGUACGCGUACCUCGCCGUGGCCGAGCCAUGGCCCAAGGUGUCGGGCUUCGCCAAGGUGGACCUCGCCACGGGCGAGCUGACCAAGUUCGAGUACGGCGAGGGCCGGUUCGGCGGCGAGCCCUGCUUCGUGCCCAUGGACCCCGCCGCCGCGCACCCGCGCGGCGAGGACGACGGGUACGUGCUCACCUUCGUGCACGACGAGCGCGCCGGCACGUCGGAGCUCCUGGUGGUCAAUGCCGCCGACAUGCGGCUGGAGGCCACGGUCCAGCUCCCGUCCCGCGUUCCCUUCGGCUUCCACGGCACCUUCAUCACGGCCAGCGAGCUCGAGGCCCAGGCCUGAUCGCCUGAGCUCCCGUUCGUUCCCCACCUACCUCCGCGUUUCUUGGAGGGGGCAGGAGGGUGAGGAGGAACAGAGGAGACACGAGCCAUGGAUCAGGGGAGAAGUCACCAGAGGGAGCCUCAGCCACAGUAGGUCCCCGGAGUCUUCGCCGUCCCCGACACCACAGUUACAGCAGUUGGUAGUUAAAUUUCCAAAAAAAAUUAGCUCGGGUCACACUAGUGUAAUUAAGAGUAUAUUUUAGUCGGGAUAGUGGCAGAUUAGAGAGAGAGAGAACAGGGGCCCAGCUCGUAGCUUUUCAGCUGGUGCUUGCUUCUAGAGAGCAGCCAGAGCUCAGCUGGUGCCUACUGCUAGUCUAGGCUACAUUUUUUUUUUCGUUCCCUUUUUUCUUUGGAUCAGACAGGGAUAUGCCUCCCCGCUCCAGCUCCAGUUGUUGUCACUCCUCGCAGUGGACUGGAGUGUCUGGGAUCUUGGCUGUGCCCUACUUGCCCGCCAUUGCCGCCCAGUUGCCGCUGAGGUGUUGCUGGCAUGGUUUCUCUGUCACGGUGUGUACAUUUGUCGAUAGUAUAAUAAAAAUGGUGAUGAUUCUGCCUCAA